CAAGAAUUUCACAUCGGCUUCGCCCUCUGUCUUCAUUGUAGAAAAGUUAAAGUGAAUUUUGUUUUUUUCUUGAUUAGUUAAGUAUAAAACAAUUAUGAUAAAAGCUAUUUUAGUUUUUAACAAUCAUGGCAAACCGCGCCUCUCCAAAUUUUAUCAAUAUUUUAAUGAAGAUAUGCAGCAGCAAAUAAUCAAGGAAACAUUCCAACUGGUAUCAAAGCGAGAUGAUAAUGUGUGCAAUUUUUUGGAAGGUGGCAGCUUAAUUGGUGGCUCAGAUUAUAAGCUGAUCUAUCGCCAUUAUGCCACGCUGUACUUCGUGUUUUGUGUUGAUUCCUCAGAAAGUGAACUGGGGAUAUUAGAUCUCAUUCAGGUGUUUGUUGAAACACUUGACAAAUGUUUCGAGAAUGUGUGUGAGUUGGACCUAAUUUUUCACGCCGAUGCCGUACAUCAUAUCCUGGCCGAAUUGGUCAUGGGCGGUAUGGUUCUACAGACAAAUAUGUCCGACAUAAUGGCUCGGAUUGAGGAACAGAAUAAGUUAGUUAAACAGGAGGCUGGCAUAUCAGCGGCGCCCGCUCGUGCCGUUAGUGCGGUUAAAAGUAUGAACAUUCCCCAGCAAAUCAAAGAUAUUAAACUGCCCGAUUUGCCUCAAGCCAUCAAAGACUUAAAAUUCUGACCAGGGCAAACCACAAACGUCAAUAACAGUUCCACAUUUGUUGAUAGUUUUGUUUUGCAACGUCUCACUUCACCGACAUCCAACAUAAACCCAACCACAGCGCUAAGUUCUCUGGCUGCGUAUGCGUUAAACCCAAACAAUAACAAUGGUAACAACAGCAGUACAAAUAAUAAUUCAUUAAAGUUUGCCAAUAAGAAUCUUUAUACAUCUUCAGUAACGCAAUUUCUCAAUCAAUCCAUCUAUGAGCCCAUUGAAGAUGACGACUUCAUUAGUUCAUUUCCUUCGGCCGACGCAAUUGCUUCCGCCUUCAACUAUGACUACUAUCAAUCACAGUUAUCCAUGGAUCCCGAAAAUUGCAACGCCUUUGAGUCGAGUAAUCGCAGCGGUGCACCCAAAAAUUUGGCCGAUGUUGCCGAAGCUCAUGAGCAAAGUUUGAAAUUGUUUCGUGAAUCUUUCGAUUUGUCUGCUACAUCUAGGGAGCAACAAAACAUAGGUGAGAGUCAUGAUCCCAAAAAGAAACAUAAGAAAUCAAAAAAGGCCAAAUAAAUAAUUCGAAUUUUAGUUAGUUUUUUUAUAUAAAUAAAGAAGAUUGUGUAUUUGGAAUUGGAAAUUUCCAGUCGGUGAGAGAGAAUCUUAGGCAAAAGUAUAGUAUAUGCAACAGCUCGCAGUAUACAAUAUCUGCUUAGCAAAAUAACAAGAACGUCACUUCUUUAUCAUACUUAUAUAUUUUAUUCCUCUUGAAAAAAACUAUGUAUAUUUUUAUUUAAUAAUAAAAUUAAGUUUAUUAUGUUAAUGGUAGAA